AUGAAAACGUACCUGUUUCAAUGGGGAGGCUGUUUGCCUCCCUAUCAUAAGUAUGGUGUUUUUUUGCUCUGCGGUUUCGAGCUCUUCGUUUCGUCUCUCAGUAUGGCCGUUGCACAAAAAUAUUAUGAAUUAUGCACGAUAUUAUUUCCAAUUUCGAUAUACAUGUUUGAUGAUACCAAACAAAAGCAAAUCCCCGGAUUUGUUUGGACGGAUCGCGAGCGAAACAUUCUUCACAGGCAAAAAUUGCUCUUGUUGUGGUGUACAUCAACUUUGACAGUAUUUCUAUCGAUGGCAUUGAUUAUGCCAUAUUUUUUCAGUUUUUCAAUACGUCGUAUUCGUCUCCUAAUUAUGUACAUAUUGGCAUUGGUGUUUGCAUGUGCCGUUGCGGUGAACGGUGCUGUACUUGUAUGGCUUUACAUAACGGCUCCUGCUGAUAACAAACUAUUUUAUGACUUAUUCGAUAGCUCCGUGAAGGAGGAAAUAUAUUUGACAGAAAUCGAGAAGCAACUGGACUGCAUUUCCGAUGAUGACAAAGAGCUUGAUCCCACAGUGAAAUGGUUGAAACCACUGCUAAUUAUUUGGAUUGUUGGCCAUGUACUUACUGCAUUCUUGUUUGGCUUCGCCAACAAAGGUUUGCCUUGCCUAAAAAAUUAG